UUUCCUGUCUAUUAUGUCAAUACAUGCAUCAUGUCACAUAUAGGAGAUGGGUCUGGCAGCAAGAAAUAUCAUAUAAAGACGUUGCUUGUGAAUUCAAUAUAGUCUUAUCUUCACACUAUUUUCGUUUCUAGGCUGAGGAAUCAAAUUUAAUGAGCUUGAAGCGGCCAAUAACCUGCAUUUUCUUCUCUUCUUUCAUUACUACUUUCCUGUCUCUAAUUAUUCUUCAGUUACGUUUCUUAAAGAUAAAGCAGUGUUUGAAGCUCUUGAUUUUAUUGAAGCUAAAGAUCCAAUUUUCAAUCGAACUAGUUGUUUCUGAUUUCUGUUUCAUUUUCCUGGAAAAUGAGGAAUAUAGCAGCUUGUUACAGCCAACAUGCCAUUAAGGUGUCAGAGUCAUACCGUUCAGGCCCGUCGGAUCAGUCUCAUGUUUCUCCAAUUCCGAUUCCUUCAAUCCAAGACGAAGUUUCGUGUACCUACAGAGCCAGAUUAUCUACCGGAAAACAUCUAUUGAUCAAACUCUCCUGGUGCAAUCUCAACAGCAUUAGUAUCUGCGACGAUCCGUCUUCUCCUUCCAAAUUCAGUUCAAAUUCUUGCUAUUUGAGAGGGGCCAGAGGCGCGAAAUCAUUCGAAUCCUGCAGUUCGAAUAUUAACGUAUACUGGAAUCUUUCCGCCGCCAAGUACGGAGACGGACCUGAACCGAUCACCGGUUUUUAUCUCAUCAUUUUCGCCGAUUCAGAGCUAAUUCUGCGCCUCGGAGACGGAGGCGGAGACGCAGACGGAGAUCUUGAUUUGAAGAAGAUGAUCGCCGGCGUUCCGGUGGCGAAAUUCUCGCUGGUUUCUCGCAGCGAGCACUUCUCCGGCGGCGGUUUCUACUCAACUAGGGCUCGGUUCUGCGAGACGGGACUUUGCCAUGAAAUCUUGAUCAAGUGCAUCGAGGAGAAAGGAUCGAAGAGUUGGGCUUUGUCCGUGAGUGUGGAUCACAGGAACGCGAUCCGAGUGAAGAGAUUGGAGUGGAAUUUCCGGGGGAAUCAGACGAUAUUUGUGGACGGGAUUCUGGUGGACGUGAUGUGGGAUGUUCAUGACUGGUUCUUCAAUCAAACAUCUGGUUGCGCCGUGUUCAUGUUCAGGAGAAGGAAUGGAUUGGAGAGCAGGAUUUGGUUGGAGGAGAGGAUCUGGGAUCAUCAGAAGGAGGAAAAUGAAAGCGUUGGAUUCUCUCUUUUGAUCUUCGCCUGUAAAGGAGAAGGUGAAAAAGCGCAUCAGAUGCGGGGCAAGACGUGGUGGUGGUGGUGGUGGAGGUAUAUGUCGCUGCUGCUGCUGCGAGUUGCUGCUAUACCUACUGGUCCUAAAUUGGAAAUCAGCCAUUUCGGAUAAAUUAAUUUUAAAUAAUAUCACGGCAGGCAGUUAAUUACAUAAAAAUGAAUUGAAUUUCUCAAACAGUAUAAUUUUAUUUAUUUAUUAAACGAAAAAUAUAAAUAUAUAUAUACACAUAUAGAUGACGAUGAAUAUUGAGGGGGUGUCCCAUUGUUUUCUCCAUCGGAAGAAUCCGGAGGCUUCCUCCCUGUCCUGGCAGCCAAAGCAACUCCACUGCACGACCCACGGGUUUUUUUAAUUAAUCCGUGAGCCGCAUCAUGAUCUAUGGACACCCCCCUCUUUUCUCCCUCUUGUUUUCGACCCUUGAUUCAUUUCCCACCCACCAAAUCGGCUCCGCCUGGUUUUCAGGGUGUCAUCUUUGGAAACUCCCCUUACUUUUGCUUCAAUUUUCCAUUCUGCCCUUCUGUCGGAAAAAGAGAAGAAUUGUGAAUGGGCUGGCCCAGAUGACUCCUCGUCCACCCACAUGGCUUUCUGAUUUAAAAUUUCAACUAAAGAGAUUUUCAGUAUACCUUCAAGAAAAAAAAGAAUUUUUAACAUUUUAUAGUUAGAAUUACUUCUACAAUUCUGCAUGUGUUAUAUCAGACAAU